CAAAUAUUUUGCUUUAAACAAGCCUAUCAUUCCCAGAUCUCCAGCGCCUCCUCCUCGAUUCCAUGCCGCCGGCUAUGGCGAGAUGCCGCCAUCUCUCCAGCUCUCCCGUCUAGAUCGGCACCAUUCCAGCGCCAAUCCAUGGUGACGCUGGCCAGAUCGUGCUGCGCCGCGGCGACGGCCACAACCUCGUCCACGAUCCCUUACAGGCGAUUGAAGCAGCUUAGGGCGGAGCGGCAAGCGGCGGUGGCCGCGAGCGCUGGAGCUCAUGGUGGGAAUGCCGGCGCUGGGAAUCCACAGGUGGGCCAUGGUGAGGACGAUGAGGAUCACAGGAUGAGAAUUCGAUCGCUGAGCAAGGCGGAUCGAUCGGAGGACGCGGUGGUGCUCAAGGUUGCCACGGUUGGCGACUGUGAGUCGGGGAAAACAAGCUUUCUGGCCAAGUAUGUGAGCGCUGGGACUACUCAAGGGGAUCCCGAGCUGGAGGAUGAUCCGGAGUCACAGCUCCAUCCCCACUGCGAAGAGGAUUAUGCGCAAACUCUAGGUGUGGCUUUGCGAGAGAAGUGCCUGAGGAUCAAGAAUGCCAAGAUUGUUUUCAGCAUCUGGGAGCUUGGAGGAGACAGAUUGUUUGAGGAUCUUCUUCCCAGUGUUUGCGAGGGUGCUGCUGCCGUGAUUUUCAUGUUUGAUCUCACGAAACGCUCGACUCUCAAGAGUGUCAAAGAAUGGUUCAUCAAGUCCAGGAAAAUUAACAAUUGUGCUAUUCCUAUUCUAGUCGGAAGCAAGUAUGACCAGUUUAUCUAUUUCCCCCAAGACAUUCAGGUGGCAAUCACCAAGCAGGCGAUGUUUUAUGCCGAGACAAUGGGUGCGUCUCUCUUCUUCUCCAGCACCACGCACAACAUCAACAUCCACAAGAUCUUCAAGAUCAUCGUGGCCAAGGUGUUCGAUCUGCGCUGUAACAUCUCCAGAAACUACAACUUGGGAGAACCCGUUGUGGUUUACUGAGAGUCAAUUGAAGAAAAAUGGAUUAUGGUUCCUGCAUCUUUGUAGCCACUUUUCCUAAA